AUGAGGAAACUGAAUCUUAGAGAGACUGCCUGGCCCACUCCCACACAGCUAGAAGGAGGCAGAGUGAGUUCAAACCCAGAUCUUCCAGAGAGAGCAAGAGGAGCUGGAGGACGGGGCACCAUCUCUGUCAACAACCCGAGAAUCCUCGUGGGCGCGGAGGAGAGUCACGUGGAGCCAGAUGGGGGGACAAAAAAUGAAGAGCGGAGGGAUUAUAGUGGCCUUUGGUUCUUGCGGAAGUCUCUGCGGGGCCCUCAGCACCCGACGUCCCUGGCCCAGAAUCAGACAAGUGUCAGCUUUGAAAUUACUGAUGCUGGUACCUUCACGGUGGUCAUGGGAGAAUGCACCUACACACCAGCCAAGAUCUCACUCUCCUUGGUGAACAGGGUGAAAACCAGGAACGUCCACAUCCUGAAUGUCAUAUUUGAAGCGACUUCUGAAAACAUUGUUAAACUGAGGAUCCCUAUCACUGCUGAUGUCAACGUGAAACUGCGCAUUGGACUGCUCAGUGAGGUUAUGGAUUUUGCAAUCAACCUCGUGCAUGAAGUGCUGUCCCUUGUAACACACUAUGAGGUGAGUCCCCCACACCUGGGCAUGCAGAGCCAGGCCAGGGUGAAAAUCAGUGAUCUUCGCAUCCUGGAUCUCACAUUAGAAGCGACUUCUGACAGCAGUGCUGAAGUGAAAAUCCCCAUCACUGCUCAUAUCAAUGUGAAACUGCCUGUGUUGGGUGAGAUUGUCGACUUGGCCCUCAACUUGGUCCUCCGGUUUAGUGUCAGCGUUGAAACCGAUGAAGAGACUGGUGUCUCCCAUGUGGUCGUGGCAGAAUGCAAGAAUGAUCAACAGAGCAUCGAACUCACCGUGCUGGGCAGGCGCACUGGAGUGCUCCGUCAGGUUGCGGACUUCGCAGUCAACCUUGCAUAUGAAGUGGUGUCCCUCGUAACAGAAUCUGAGCUGUGCCCAGAAGUCCGCAGCCUCCUUGAAAGCCUGAAUGCGGAGUAUGUUAAGAACCUCAUCGGUAAGUCACAGCCUGGGAAAGUGGCGAAGGGGCUCCCUCUGCAGCAUCACAGCGGGGAGCAGGCCACUGUAUGCCUACAGCACCAGCAGGUCUGGAACACUGAGGCCCAGGAUGGGCAAGCAGGUGACCUGAGGUCACAUAGAGACAGCCUCACUCUGCUUCUGCUGCACCACCGCCAUGUUGGAGGGCUGCCUUCACCAGCACACCUGA